CAAACUUCAAAUGAAGCUGGGAAAAUGUCAAACGCUCAUUCAUUAGAUUCAAACUGUCAUUCACUUCACUUGAGUUUGGAAAAGAAACCUUUUAAUUUACGGCUUAGAUAAGGGACUUUAUUGGCGGGUACGGAUGAAUCUGAUGAAUACAAUAAGUCUGCCGUAUCUGUAACCAAGAACUUACAAAGUUUUCAUAAAGGAUUAAUCAUAGUUUAGGAAGACUUAAGUAUUUACUUAGUGAUGGUUCACGUGUUUUUGUUUAUCAACUCUUUGUAAAGAUCCUCAAAGGUUCAAAAUGUUGUAUAGACAUAUCUUUAUAUUUUUUGCAAUAAUAAUAUCUUUAUGCCAACAUGGUGCCUCAGAGUUUAUAACCGCGUCAUUAGUCGGUUCAGCUUUGCUGUCAGCUGGUUGGUACAAAUGGACCACAAUAAAGGACAACACGUAUUGUCGUUAUGUGGAAUGUUGUAAUGAUCAGCAUGUGCCUUACGAUAUAAAUAAGUUAAAAUUAUCAAUAUCUCAAAAAAUGUUUGGACAGCCUCUGGUCAAUGAAUUGGUGAAUAUUCUUCAUGCUCACAAGGAGGCUGUUCUUGAUGAAAAUAGGAAGAAUAGAAAAGCUCUAGUUAUCAGCUUACAUGGCUGGCCCGGAGUAGGUAAGAAUUAUGCAGCCACAAUGAUAGCUGAAGCUCUCUUUGAAAGAGGUAUGCAAAGCAAAUAUGUUAAACUGUACAUGGGUAAGAAGGAUUUUGACUGCUCAAAUCUACAGCAGAAAAAAGAAGAAUUGGUGGCAUACUUAAAUAACAUUGUCAAGAAAUGUCCAAGAUCUCUUAUAAUAUUUGAUGAGAUACAUGACAUGUGUCCCUCAGUGCUUGAUACCAUUAAGCCAAUGCUUGACCACUAUCAAGCUGUGGAUGGAGUAGACUACAGAGACAGCAUAUUUAUUUUUAUAUCAAAUAUAGGAGGACAGGAAAUAGCAACAAAGUUAUUAGAGUUGUAUGAACAAGGUGCUAAGAGAAAUGAUGUAGAAUUUCACGAUUUUGAACCUAUUAUUAGGAGGACAGCAUAUUUUCAAGGGGGAUUUGAAAAGGCAGCAGCUAUUGCUAACCAUUUGAUUGACCACUAUGUGCCUUUCCUACCAUUGGAGCAACAACAUGUGGAAAUGUGUGCAUUGGCCGAGUUUCGAGCUCAUGCAAUUUAUCACCCAACCAAGGAAAUGAUGACGGAAGCAUUAUCCGUCAUAACAUAUGGUCCAAAUGAGGACCAGCCAAUAUUUGCUAAUAAUGGAUGCAAGCGAUUUACCAGACACAUUCCUUACAUUAUUCAGAAGUAUAAACCGAAAACAGAGCUGUAACUAAUGUAUUUAAUUUAAGA